GACGCUGCUGCACCCGUGCAUCAGUGAGCCGACUGGAGACCACUGGCCACUCUGUGAACCCUGCUACUAUUUCCAUUUUUUCUGCACUUUUUAAGGGGCUGGAUUUGAAAUACAUGAAACUGAACAUCUAAAAGCUGCUUCCUGGAGGUUGAACUGUAAGGAUGUUCUCCUCCUUUACGCUGGUGCUGCUGAUCACAGCCCUGGCCGGUUUCUGGGCCCAGGGCUUGUACGAGGAGCGGAAAACUAUCACAAAACUCAGGGGUAAACUUUUGGCUGCUAAUGUUGACAAUGGACAAGCCACCCUGGAUGAGGACUGUCGCCUGGAGCUCUUCUUUCUUUUGGACAGCUCGGAAAGCGCCAAGGACAACCACGAGCAGGAAAAGCAGUUCGUGUUAAACGUGGUGGAGCGAUUCCAAAGGCUGCGCCCGCAGAGCGGCCGGGGCUUGAGCUUGAGGGCGGCCCUCCUGCAGUACAGCAGUCAUGUGAUCACCGAGCAAACCUUCAGAGACUGGACAGGCACAGAGCACUUCAAGAAACUGAUCGCCUCCAUCGCCUACAUCGGGCACGGUACCUACACGACCUACGCCAUCACAAACAUGACCAAGACCUACCUGGAAGAAUCCAACCCUGGAAGCAUCAAGGUGGCCGUGCUGCUCACAGACGGCGUUUCCCAUCCCAGGAACCCUGACAUCUUCUCUGCCGUUGCUGAUGCUAAGAACCAGGGCAUUACAUUCUUCGUUCUGGGCAUCACACGAGCUGCCAAGGAGCCGACGAACGUAGCACAGCUCCGGCUACUCGCCAGCUCCCCGACCUCCCACUUCCUACAUAAUUUACAAGAUGAAGAUGUGGUUGAAAAAAUCAUCAGUGAGAUGAGUGGCUUGGCUAAUGAAGGAUGCCCCGUGGCUGAGAGAUGUACCUGUGAGAAAGGAGAGAGGGGACCCAGUGGGCCUGCGGGGAAGAAAGGUCGUCCUGGAGAGGAUGGUGCUCCAGGGCUGAAAGGGCAAAAGGGUGAAGCAGGAUUUAGUGGACUCCCAGGCCGAGAGGGUGUUGAGGGAAGACCGGGUUACAAAGGAGAGAAGGGUGAGAGGGGGGAAUGUGGCACACCAGGAAGUAAAGGAGACCGGGGUCCGGAGGGUCCAAUUGGAGCAGGAGGACUUAGAGGUCCACAGGGGUUACCAGGACCUCACGGAGACAUCGGACCCCAGGGCCUCCAGGGAAAGCCGGGGGAACGCGGUCCGGCCGGCCCUCCAGGAAUUCAGGGGGAAAUUGGUAUUGGACUUCCUGGACCAAAAGGUGAUGUGGGGUUUCAGGGCAGAGCAGGUCCCCCUGGUCCCCCAGGAGUAGGCGAACCAGGACUUCCUGGGCCUCAAGGGCCACAGGGUGUUCAGGGGGAAAAAGGACCCCAAGGAGAAGGGUUCCCUGGACCAAAGGGAGACCGGGGGCUCGCAGGACCAAGGGGCCCGAGGGGCCAGCAGGGUGUUGGAAUCAAAGGAGAAAGGGGUGAUAUUGGUCUUCCAGGUUUUCCAGGACCAACUGGAUUAACAGGAGCAGGCAUACAGGGAGAAAAGGGAAUUGAGGGUCCAAGAGGUCCACCAGGACCUAGAGGGGUCCCAGGAGAAGGUUUUCCUGGACCCAAGGGUGACCAAGGUUUACCUGGUGAGCAUGGAGCUCCAGGAGAGGGAGGCAUUGGUGAGCCUGGUUCAAAGGGAGAGCCUGGAGCAGCUGGAUUAGCUGGGGUGCCUGGUCUCCCAGGAGAGGAUGGAGCUCCAGGACAGAAGGGCGAGCCUGGUUUGCCUGGGUUAAGAGGUCCUGAGGGAGCACAAGGAAUUGGCAUUCAAGGGGAGAAGGGUGACCAGGGACAAAGAGGAAUCCGUGGUUUACAUGGGCCUCCAGGGAUUUCUGGACCCUCUGGACCAAAGGGUGAACGUGGGAUACCAGGCCAGCAGGGCAUACCAGGCCUACCAGGACGCUCUAUAUCAGGCCCAAAGGGGGAUGUAGGUGCUGCUGGUCCCCCUGGUCCUAUUGGAGAAACAGGGCUUGGACUCCCCGGCCCAAAGGGUGACCAUGGACAUCCAGGUUUACCAGGUCCAAAUGGACCAAAAGGUGAAGGCAUUCCUGGCCCCAUGGGUCCACCAGGGAUGCCAGGCCUACCUGGUGAGCCUGGGCUAGAGGGAAUAGGAGUACCUGGUCCAAAGGGUGACGUUGGCUUUAGAGGAUUGCCAGGCUUGCCUGGCCCACCUGGAGAGGGCUUACAAGGACCACCAGGUAACGCUGGCAGGCCAGGGCCUGCUGGUCCAGUUGGACCUCCAGGAGAAGGUGUCCAAGGCCCAAAGGGUGAGCCAGGAUCUCAAGGUAUGACUGGACCUAGAGGGCCUCAAGGAGAAGGCUUUCCUGGUUCCAAGGGUGAUCGGGGAUUACAGGGUGAGAGGGGUAUGAAAGGCACAAAAGGAGACAUGGGAGAUCCUGGGGUCCCUGGUGAAGCAGGAAGGCCCGGAACAAAGGGAGAACAAGGCCUCACAAGAGAAGACAUCAUUAAGAUGAUCAAAGAAAUCUGUGGAUGUGGCAUUAAGUGCAAGGAAAGGCCCAUGGAAUUAGUCUUCGUCAUCGACAGCUCUGAAAGCGUGGGACCUGAAAACUUUGAAAUCAUCAAGGACUUUGUCACCAGAUUGGUGGACAGGACCACAGUUGGACGCAACGCCACCAGAAUCGGACUGAUCCUCUACAGCCUGGACGUCCACCUGGAGUUCAACUUGGCUCGCUAUAUGAACAAACAGGACGUCAAACAGGCAGUCAGGAAGAUGCCCUACAUGGGUGAGGGCACUUACACUGGCACGGCGAUCAGAAAGGCCACUCAGGAGGCUUUCUUCAGCGCUCGGCCCGGAGUCCGGAAAGUAGCCAUAGUUAUCACCGACGGUCAGACCGACAAACGAGAGCCCGUCAAACUCGACAUAGCUGUGAGAGAAGCUCACGCUGCAAACAUUGAGAUGUACGCCCUGGGUAUCGUCAACUCCUCUGAUCCUACGCAGGCCGAGUUUUUGCGAGAACUCAACCUCAUCGCUUCUGACCCUGAUAGUGAACACAUGUACCUCAUCGAUGACUUCAACACACUACCAGCACUGGAAUCUAAACUUGUUAACCAGUUCUGUGAAGAUGAAAAUGGUGCUCCUAUUUACAAUCAUAUCACAAAUGGACACUGGAAUGGCAAUAACGGCUACGGACGUGGUACCGGUGGAAACAAUGGUAAUAAAGGUAAUGCCAAUGGUUACGAAUAUGGAAACAAAAUAAAUAGUUACAAUUAUCAAGAGGAAACAAAAGAGAGACUCACCAACAGUCGAGGACGUGGAGAUAUUUUCACGCUGCCAAUCAACGCUAAUCCACUCACUGUCCAGGUGGUGGAAGAUGAAGAUGGUGAGGAUUUGGACUUAAGAGCCCAAAUAAGAGGCAGUAGCAGUGGAUCAGCAGCCAGUAAAUCUCUGUUAGCACCUGGGAGAGAAAGUGUCAUCUCCAAUAAGGCAGUCAUAUCACCUUCAUCAUCCUCACCCUCCUCUUCUGCAACUGCUUCCUCAACACUGGGCUCGGUUUCAUCAUUAAACUUGAAUCCGUUGAACACAGCAGUGAGUCCUGUCCUGCCUGAAGAGUCUCCUCUUCUUGAUCCACGAUGUAGCCUCAUACUGGACCAGGGCACCUGUCGAGACUAUAGCAUUCGCUGGUACUAUGACAAGCAGGCCAAUGCCUGUGCGCAGUUUUGGUAUGGAGGCUGUGGUGGGAAUGACAACCGCUAUGAAACAGAAGAUGAAUGCAAGAAGACAUGUGUUCGAUUCAAAAGAGCUGGAUAAAAGGAGUGAAAGCCUGAAGGAAAUGAAGUUGUCUGCUCUACAGCCUGUGAUACUACUGUGAUACAUUCUAUCACAUCACUCAACAUUUCAUGCACUUUUCUAAUACUUGUACUUCAAAAACAAUAUAUAUAAUGUGUUCAAUGAUCAAGUUCUAAACAUGUUGCUAUUUAUUAAAAGCAAAUCGCCAUUUUUUCAAAUCCUACAACACCUGACGAACUUCCCUCAAAUAAAUAGUAUUGAUCUUAACAUAUUCUUUAGGAUUUACUGUCCAGGGUUAAAAGCAGCAACCUCAAAACUGUACAUUAGUUUAAGCUGUAGAUCAUCCUUAUACAUCUUCGAGUCUUGUGCUUUACAAACACACAAUAUGUUUCCAGCAAGGCUGUGAUAAUGAGAUAUUUGUUUACCUUUAGUUGAUUUCAUAAGCUCUAAGUGCUUUAUUGUGUGUUUUACGUCGUUCAGGUUAUACUUGGUAGCUAUGCUAGAGGGCCUUGUUGGUGCGGGUCCUGUUUUCUACAGGUCUGCUGUGAAUGUCCAUUCAGGGGAUAGAGAUCAAGGCUUUCUGCAGUCACUUCAAUAAAAGGCCCGUGUGUUUUGCAGUAUGUGCAAGUAUAUCUCUACUGUAUAUCUGAAAAAUGUUUUUAUUGUUUUUUUAAUAAUAAAAAAUACAUUAAAGAUGG